AUGCCAAUUAAUGGCCAUUAUGUCAGAGACAUAACUUUUGUGGUUCACCCUUUCCCCAUUAUUUCUAUUUUGUUACCUUGCCAGGAUGCCCUCGUUAAGCCCGCCAUUUACCAGCUCAAUCACUAUGCGGAGUUGCAACGACUUGAUGCGGAAGCGGCAGCUGUGGUCUUGUCAGCAAAUCCUGUUACCUUCUGUGAUCCAAACGAGUUGGAUGAGAUUGAUGAAGAUACAAUAGGAGACAGCGAAGUGGUAAUACGAAAGAUAGACGAAUGA